AGGUCUAUAAUAUACAAUGUCAAUCUGAAAUUGUAAGAGGCCAAGUCCUAAACAUAACCUGGGAUCUAGUUCAUCCACCCCCAUACGACAAUGGAGGUUAUUACAUUUAUGUAGUACCUAUUGAUCAACCCAAGAAUCGUAUCAAUAUCGGUUAUUUAAUGUUCAGUAACAAAGGACAUUAUGAGUGGGCAGUAAACGUACAGCCUGGCACUUAUUAUUGUAGUAUGAAUGACUUAGAGUCCAAUACUUUUCAAGUUCUCCAAAAACCAAGUGAUUCGAAAAAACUCAAUUCUGGUGGUCGUUUAUAUAUAUGCGUGGAUAUUGGCCCUGCAUCUGAUGAUGAUAGUUAUUACCCCGAGGAUCCUCCUACUGAAGAAUAUGAAGAAUAUCCUCCUAGUGAAGAGGAUCCUCCUUCUGAAGAGGAAGAUUAUAAUACUGAAGAUUUUCCUAAUGAUGAUAGCUUUACUGAUUAG